AUGCAAGAACAGCUGUUCGACAACCACGACACGAUUCGUUCAUUGCUGGUCUGGGCUAUUUUUAUCGUCAACCUGGCCUGCUCCGACUUGUUACUAUGUAUCGUCACAGCUCCAGUAACUUUAUACACAAGUGCUAAUGCAUUUUGGCCAUUUGGUGAUAUCGCAUGCAAAGUGUUGGCAUCCGUUCAAGCGGUCAACACUUUCGUAUCGUCACUUACAUUAGCUUUAAUCGCAAUGGAUCGUGUAUUACUCACUAAAUAUCCCGUAAAAUGGCGGCUGGCAGCCACAGCAUCGAUUAUCUGUUACUGCGUCGUUUGGGUUGUAUCGAUCGUUAUCGCCUUACCGUAUUCACUUACUGUAAGAUCACAAAAAUUCGACAAAGUCGAACCAUGGAACGAUGUACAUACACCGGCAAUGCUCAGCAUAUGUGGACGAUCAUAUCCAGAAAUCUGCAUGGAAAUACAAGAUACAUGGGAACGUGCCUAUAUUUCAAAAACUACAUUUACAAUUACGGUGCUAGCCAUUCAGUAUUUACUGCCACUGUUCGCUUUGGCCUAUGCUUACGUACAAAUUGGAUCGACAAUUCGACGAAGAUCUAAAGUGAGCCGAACGAUAAACCAUGCUCGACGGAUGAGUAUGCAGAGUAGGAACAGGUGCGUAUAUUUUCCAUCCGCAUCAUCUCAAGAUAUUGCACUUAUUGGUACAGUAUCUCUCUGGUAA